AUGCAUUUUUUGCGAGUGGUACGGCGUCCGCCAAAGAGCCAUGUCCGAUGCUUAGCUCGUGCUCUGAGCACAGGCAGUGAGCCAACAGCCUGGGCCACUGCUUUGGAGGCAGCACCGGCCCCAGAAGCGCCCACCUUAGAUGCAUUGGAUGCUUUGCGACCCAAUCCUCCUGUGCGAUCUUCCAAACACACCGAAGCUUCGCAAUGGUCCAAGGCCUAUGACCGUGUCAACGAUGCCUUUACACGCCCCCAACUGUAUCGCCUUGCGAAGGAGGCAGAUAUAAAAGGUGUUCGCUCUUCGACACCCAAAGCACAGCUCGUAAAAGCCGUCUUGCAGCAUCGAUUUGCUUUGACAGACCCUACCAUCAAAGCGAAACAGGCUUGCGAAUUUGUGCCUUUCCCAUUAAGUCAUGUAUUCUUACUCGCACAGCAGGGAGCACCCCUCUUCCAGGUGGCCCGAGAUGCAGGCGCCUCUGUCACUAUUAGCAAGAAUGGGACGGCCAUGGGCGUGUCGAUCACUGGCAGUACGGCAGCCAUUGAACACGUCAAGGCAUGGCUACAUACCUUUGAAGCAUCCAUUCACACGGCAAAGAUGCAAGGCACGGUACCGCCAUUCAUGCUGCCAUGGCUUUCACGUCAGACAAAAUGCCAUGUGGCGUCAGAGGAGAACACGCUGCGUCUUACGUACGUCGACCCACGCACAGCCGAUGACGUCCACAUGCUGGUGACGCAGCAGGCACACACUGCACCCUUGUCAUGGCGCGAUGUAUGGUGUUAUGGAGUGAAUCGUGCCACAGCUGUGACCAAUCUGCCCUUUGUGCCGGGUAGUGUUGCUGAUGCUGCUACCCACUAUGCGAUCACGCAAGGAACGUAUUCACGUUGGAUGCAUGAGCCCAGCAACGAUGAUCCGUCUGCUCUCUACGACGUGGCACACGCUACACCAUGUGAUAUAUCGACCAUGAAAGACAUUGUGCAGACACAGGCAUCGUCGCUUGAUCCUCUGCUAUGCUGCGAUACAGGCGUAACGAAGCUGCGCCUCUCGUUUGGCCACCUGCUCUGGCAGUCCAUGCCCCGAACGACGCAGCCACUCACUACGCCGCAUACCCAUACUGGCGUCUUUGUGGAAGCAUGCCCGCCUAGCUGCAUGCGUCGCGUACCUACGAUACCCGGCUGGACUGAACUGGAAAUGGACGAAGCGACAUGGGAACGUUUCUACUAUCGCUUGCCCAGCCCUUCAGGCACUCACGAUUUGGUUCUCACAUAUGCUGUGCAUGAGCAUGGUAAGACGUUCCAUUCUGCUAUGUGGCAAUCAACACUGGACACAUACGUUGCUUGUCCAACUGUCUCGGUGGAUGCGAGAGUCACUGCUGUGUGGGAAGCACCUGCCUCCAUGGAGCGUUUACGUGAGACGGCUCUUCGUACAUACUUGGACAGCACUACGGAGUCCUCGCAGGCAGAUAUGUUGCCCCCACAGGUGCUGGAACUACGUCUUUCUGACAAUGUCAUGGCUCAAGCUAGGCUCUGGCGCACAGAGCAUGUCGUCCAACGCUCAUCGACGCUCUUCCACACGACCGAACAGGAAGAAUUGGUCCUCAGCCGCGAUGCUACACGACGACCCACAAUGCCCUACCACGUCCCUAUCGUAUCUUGGACUUGGUCAGCAUGGCCGCACGACCCGCUCUCGGUCCUGCGGGCCGUCGUACAGCCAGCCUACAAAGCAUUGGGCCGCCAGACAGAAGAACAUCGUCUAUAG